GCGGGCGCCCUUCAGGCCGGCGGGCUCGGGCGCGCCGGGAGCCCGCGCGGGCGGCGCGCCCGGGAGUUCGGCGAUCCAGGCGGACAUGCUGCAGCUGCAGAGGGCGCCUCAAGAAGACGGCGACGGCCGUCGGCGCCCGAGCGCGCCCCGGCGGCGGCGCGGCGGCGGCCGCCAGCAGCCCCCCCCGGGGAGCCACAGGAUCCCGAGAGCCUGGUGCUGCGGCGCCUCAAGGACCGCCGCGCCGUGGUGGCGGGGCCGGUGGAGCACACAGAGGACGGGACUCACGCAGAUCACCCGCUGGGGCCUCUUCGGGGCCUGACGGGCGCGUCUCCGGGCGGCGCCUGCCCCCGCCGGCGAGACCGCGGGGAGGGACCCGCUUCCUUCGGGCCAACGUUCUCGCGCGAGAGGGGGAGACGUGCAUGA